AUGCAACUCGGUGUACUAUUUGUUAUAUCUUGUCUCGUCCAUCAAAUCCGAAGUCAAGAUGCUGAUGUAUGUCAUUUGUAUGGGGAUCCUCAUCUGAUUCCAUUCUCUCAAGUGUCACAAUCGAAUCAGAAUCAGUAUUGGUGUAAAUUGUCGGGUGAACAGCAAAUUGUUCGAAAUAAUUUUGUUGAAAUCAAAGUAAAUAUGCGGGAAGGAGUAUGGUCAAUAGAUAAAUACACAUUGACGUUUUUCGACAAUGACCGAGUACUUUGCAAAGUAACGGACCAUGAACAAGUUUGUGAUAAUCAAGCGGUUCGAAUCACACGUCCAAGUUUAACACAUAUUGAAAUAUUCUACUCCAUCCCGAAAUUGUACAUCUCCAUUAUACCAUAUGAGUAUCUGUACAAAUGGUAUGAUAUUAGCAUUCUUAUGCCGAAUGAAUUCGUUCAUCAAUCCAGUGGUCUUUGUGCAGCACCAUUAGUGGACAAAUGCAUUGUUGAAAACGAGAUUCUACCAGAGAAUAACAUACAUCCGAUGUACAAAACAAUGUGUGAAGUAUAUCAAAAUGCUAGUGAACAAGCAAAACUUUCUCUGGAUUUACCCGUUGAUCAUUCUAUGCGUGAUCAUACUCUACUCGCAUGUAUUCAUGAUAUUCACAAUACAAACAACGCAGAUUUCGGUGCAAGUAUGGUCAACACGCUGGUAAAGGAUGGGAUAUUCAGGCAAUACAGUAACGAUACAACAUCGAUGACAACUACAGAUUCAACAAGUCAACCAACACCCAAUGGUUCACUGUCUGUGAGAUUGGUUCCAUGGGCUUUGAACGUUUGUUUGGUUUUACUUUUAAUAAAAUAA